ACCCACCCCUUAUGGUUUAAAUGGAAACCUGUUUACGAAAGAAAGAGCAACGCCUGGUGGAAGGGAGGCGGGCAGCGCCAAUUGAUUGGCCCGAACAAUUUCGUAUCCAGACGUUCACCGUGUUACCAACCUGAAAGUUGAGCAGAUUUACUUCCCGUAACGUCUGAUAACUCUAUCACCGCCAAAUGAAUCUCAAGAAGACGCCGGGAUUGGAUUUGAAAAAAAGUUUUCUGACUCUCCUUUUCAAAUGGCGCGGCUCAUUGUACAAGUUGUGUUACAGAGAACUCGUCUGUUUUCUGGUUCUCUUCUGCGCCAUCAGCCUUAUUUAUCGUCAGGCGCUCGAUGGUGAUCAGAAAAGUUUUUUUGAAAAGAUAGUGCGCUAUUGUGAAAAAUAUUUGAACAUGGUUCCCCUCUCUUUCAUUUUGGGAUUCUAUGUCACCACCGUAGCAACUAGGUGGUGGCAGCAGUGUUUGGCAUUACCUUGGCCCGACAGAAUAAUGCUUUCCAUUGCCAUGUAUAUUCCCGGCUGCGAUAACGAAUCAAAACUAUUGCGGAAAACACUUCUACAGUACUGUAAUCUUAUGGCUGUCCUCGUUUUCCGCACCAUUUCGGAAGCGGUCAAGUUUCGUUUGAACACUCUGGAGGACGUUGUCAAUGCAGGUUUUAUGACGAAAGCAGAAAUGGAGUGUUUCAAGGCAGUCAAAGCCGAUUGCAACUUGUUUUGGUUGCCUGGCCUUUGGUUUUGCCAUCGACUUCGAGAGGCUCAAGUCCAAGGGCGCGUCAUUGAUCCAUUCGGUGCUCAGCUCAUCAUGAGGGAACUUCUGGAAUUCCGUUCCAGAUGUGGCCUUUUAUGGGUUUAUGACUGGGUUACCAUUCCCCUAGUGUAUACUCAGGUGGUAACCUUGUCUACGUAUUCGUUCGUCUUUGCUUGUCUAAUCGGACGGCAAAAUAUCGACAAUGGCAACAAAGAUAUUCCGAUCGAUGUUUACUUCCCAGUCUGGACCGUUUUGCAAAUUCUGUUUUAUUUGGGACUGCUCAAGGUCGCCGAGAACAUGAUCCAUCCGCUUGGUGAAGACGACGAAGAUUUCAAUUUGAGUUUUCUUCUGAAUCGUAAUGUGAAGGUUAUCAACGUAGGAACGCACGCGUUUACCAGUGACAUGUGCCCUCCCAUGGAAGGUGAUCAUCUCCAAACAGAUCAACCUGGUAUCCACACUCCUCAUACCAGUCACAAGACAUCACAUCAAUUGAAGAAUCGAAUAUUCAAACCGAAAUUGCCAGGACUGUAUACAGCGAACAAGGAAAAGGCAGAACUAAAUAACAAAAAACCUGAACAAACCAUCCCAACCAUUUCGAUGGGCGUGCUGAAUGCUUCAUCUUAUUCUUUAGACCUGGCACUACUACCGGGCGAACCCAAUUACCAAGGAAAAGCGUUUUCGUGGAAUUUAUGACGCUCAAUGCGAAAACUCUGGCUCAAAAAUCAAAACUUUCUCAAAUACUUUUUAAUAUGCCAUUUUCGUACAAUUGUAAAAGACCCUGAAAUUAGAAUGUCCUAGACUGAAAAAAACAAAACAGGUUUUCCGGGUUCCGGGGAUUCCCAGCCAAGAGUGAAAGUAUGUUUCCUUAUAUCACGUAACUUCAAGACAUAGCAACACUCUGGUUUAUGUACAGACGGUAAGGUUAUCGUGUUUUUUCUCUUCACUUUUACGUAGUGUCUGUGUUUCCAGGUCGAUUUCGUAUUUCAAUUCGUGUAUGCUGUACAGCAGAGCAAUAGAGAAAACUGGAACCUG